AUGCGCUGGUUAAUUGGAGCUUCUGAAAAUAUGAAGCACGGCAAGAGGGGCGGAGGCCGGGCCCGGUGGGAAUCCAGGCUGCUCGUUGCUGCUAUUGCGUUGGCUUUUGUAAAUGCUCAAGAUAUAUCAAUAUGUUGUGAUAAAGCGGACAAAGCUGAAGGAACAUGUCGCAGCGUAUGUGAGAAGAUGUCCCAGCUCAAUAUGACGACAGACAGAUCUGUUAUAGAGCAAAGCACGCCGAAUAUUUACAAAUUUUGCGGUCAUCACUUGACAGAGUUCUGGAUUUGCAUGAAUCAAACAAUACAAGAGGUGGUGUCGGGAACAGGGUGGUGGGGUCAAGUGUGCUGUCAAUUGAGCCGAUCAUCGGAAUGUCGGGCUGCGUGCGCUAGUGCUUUGGACGCGAAAGCCCUCACCGAAUCCUGUCGUCGAUCUGACGAAAUAGCAAUGUUCGACUGCAUGGAUAAACAACAGGAGGCUCAGUGGUGCUGUUCACAGACGCAGUCUGUGUCGUGUCACGAAGCGUGCCAGAAAGUGUUGAGGAGGCUUGGACACUCGCGCAUCGACGGCGACGCGAAGGAAGCAGCGGUUGAUGCUUGUGAACAAUCACCAGAGCUACUGCACUGCCUCAGAGACUUGACGUCUUCUACGGUAGUUGGAGACACGUCUAAAUAUCUUCCAUGCUGCCAUGAAUCCGAUUCUCAAAGCUGUCGAAGUACUUGUGAGUCUGUGUUGCGUCGGACCAGUGACAUAGAAGAGAUCGUAGAGGCAUUGGGCCAAGACUGUGGAGCUCCCGCCAUACAUAAUGUACUGUGGCAAUGCUUUUUGAGGAAAGAUGCACCGACUGACACCAAGGAUCUGAUUCCGAGGGACGUUGCGAAUUUGCAUUGUUGUUUAAAGGCGAAAUCAGCAACGUGCAAGGAACUGUGUUUCCACACAUUCAAUAAGGGGUCGCAGGAAAAAUGGGAUAUGUUUGACUUACAGUGUUUAGACAAUUCACAGGAGACAAUGUUGUCGCAAUGCCUCGAGGAUGUGCGUACUCCAUGCUCGCUGGGAUGCUCCAGUCUCACGUACUGCAGUCAACUGAACGACCGUCACACGACCAUGUUCAGGUCUUGUAACGUGCGCGCCGACUUGGACGCACACUUGUCGAUGGCCGAACAAGAAGGCCGCAGAACGCUGCAAGUGGCCGGUAUGCAUUUACCAGUGAAAAACUCAAGCGAGUGCUCGACAGAUCUGUGGAAAAGCGUUGCGUGCGUUUUACACGUGAAGCCUUGCACCACCAAGGGUUUAAGUAGUCUUUUGUGCGAAGAAGAUUGCGUGCAGAUGUUAUCGUCGUGUGUGGAUUGGGCACAGUUCAAGUUGCCGUACACAGCUAAUACGCUGUGCGCCCGGAUUGUGCCGCAGUCCAACACGACCAACUGUGUGUCCUUGCAACAGUACAUGAAGCCCAGUACGAGCAGGUUGGCGGCGCCCGCGUCUCGCCCGUGCGCCGGCGCCCCGUGCGGCCGCGCACAGUUGUGCCGCGCUGACCGGAACUGUGCGCUCGCCGUCGCCUCUACUGCCGCUGCCUGCCGCAGCUACCACUGCCUCGACGGGUGCCCGCUCGGAGAAGGAAAUUCUUACGUGGUGCCCAUCGGGGCGUGGGUGAGGGUGUUCAUGUCGGAUUUAUCUCACGGCCUGUGCUUCAAGAUCUGCAAGUGCGAAGGGAAGGGCCUCACGAAAUGUCAGCCGCUCCCCUGCUUUAGCAUGCAGCACUGCUUCGUCAACAAUAAACUUAUCCUACACGGUGAGAAGUUUUACAUGGAGUGCAACGCGUGCGUGUGCGUGUGGGGCGAGCGCGUGUGUGCACGACGUGCGUGCGGCGCGAGGCGCGGCUCGCGACUGACGCGUCUCCCCUGCAACUGCCCGCCGCACCACCUCCCCGCGCACACCAACCACGCGCUCUACCCCAACGCCUGUCUCGCCAGGUGUGUGGGAGCGACGGACGCUGAGAUAGAGUUCGGCGUCCAGUCUCCAUGCGCCGGAGUCACGUGUCCGAGACGUCACGUGUGCGUGCCCUCCUCCAACGUAUGCCUGUCUCGUCUCCAAACAUCCUGCCCUCAACACGUUUGUGUGAAUACAACAGACUGCAAUUCGCAAGCCGCUAUGCCGGUGUGUGACACUGAUGGCAGAACACAUGCGAACCCCUGCCAUCUUGUGAUGAGCGGCAGGAAGAUGAGCUAUUUGGGACCGUGUCUUCGAGGAUGUUCCUCGUCCGUUGCCGUAUGCGGUGCGAAUGGCGUAACGUACGGUUCCGAAUGUGCCGCUUGGAGCGAGUACGUGAGCGUUGAUUACGUCGGCCCUUGUCUCGCAGUCGGAUAUAUAUCGGACCAAAUGGAGCCGAAAUGUACCUUCGAUAGAAUAGUCUGUCCAGCGUUGAAGAAGGACAACUGCCAAGGGUUCACGGCGCCGGGCGCUUGCUGCCCGAGAUGCGGUGGGGCAUUGCGGAUCUUGUAUUCGAAGAAACAAAUCGACCGAGCGCUUUACGGUACAAACAUAUCCGCGACCGUUGUUAAUCUCCACAAUGUAGUGCAAGGCCUAGAGAGACACAUCACUAUAGCCGAAUGCGCUCUGAGAGGCUAUUUGACCAUCGAAACGGAAAUAUUCGUUACGAUAGAAUCACUAAUUGAAAAUCCAACAGAUUUACAAUUGAAAAUGUGUAUUCUUGAGGCUGAGAAAUUGGCUGAUAUGAUUAAUUCGGAACAUCCUUUGAUAGCAGUUGAUUUGAGUCUGAGUGCCCUCUCUUACGCGUUAGUAGUUCACAAACACCCAACUAAAGGUUCGUCUACUAUAACUCUAUCCGUUUUCGUAUUAGUCUCUUCAUAUUUUAGUGUUUACGUAUUAAGAUAGUCAGGUGUUUGUUGUUUUUUUUUUUGUAAAUAUGUAAUUUGUACGCACAGUUGUAAAUAUUCUGAAAUACACACCAAAUAAUAUAGUGCCAUUGUAUAAUAGUCGAUGUUUUUGUAAACUAAACGAAUAUUUUAGCUUUGGUUUGCUUUAAUUUGAAUGAGAAGUAGAUUAUAUGUGACAUUGUAAUGGAGGAUAUGUCGUGAGUUCACGGUGCCAUGUUUGUUAAGAUCUGCAUUUUGGAAGGACAAAUAAACCUUUUUGUACAAAUGGAUUUAGAUUUUUAUAAAAGACAUUUUACAGUCUAUACCAAAUACGAUAAGAAUUAUGAUUUGUUAAUGAUUGUUAGAUUUUUAGUUAUAGAAUAUAUUUUGGAGUCUGUCUAAGAGCUUUAAGUGAAAGAUGAUUAAAACAUUGA